AUGCCUUUGACUCCUAUAUCCACACCAACUAAAAAAAGAACCAUUAGAGAUAUAUCAAACACAUACCAUGAUAACAAUGUUGAACUACCUUUAACUCCUACGAAGACUCCCGCCAAGAAGCGGAGACUCGGUGUCGACUUUCAGCAAGAUGAUGAACCUUCGUGUAAAAAAAAGUUGGUUUUUACUCCCGCAUCAUCACCAGUGAAACCUCCAUUGACACCAAAAUCAUCCAUAUUUGGAGAAACUUCAGUAUAUUCACAAGCAAAAGCAUUGUUUCAAAGAGGUAGUAGGGGUGAAGAAAUGAAUGGCAAUUUACAGCUACCUAGCCGUGAGAAAGAAGCUGCCCUCAUCAAUGAUUUUAUACUGAAAAAUUUGGAAUUAAACCAAUCAAAUAGUCUUUAUAUAUCGGGACCACCAGGAACUGGGAAAACGGCACAAGUGAAUUUGAGUUUACAAAAAUACGAAACCAAUGAGCAAGUGGAAAUCGUACGAAUCAAUUGUAUGACUUUAAGAAAUCCUGAACUGAUUUUCCAUGAAAUAUAUGCAUCAUUAGUCAAUCAAAUGAGUAUAUCAUUUACUAAAAAAAAGAACUUUGAUGAUUUUUAUCAAAUUGUGGAUAGUAAGAACAAGUUUAACCACAUUGUUUUGUUUCUUGAUGAAUUGGAUUCAUUAUUGACUAGUAAUCAACAAGUAUUGUUCAAAUUAUUUCAAUUAUCCAACUCACAAAGUAAGGUAACUACCCAAACUAAAGUGAUAUUAAUUGGUAUUUCCAACACCCUUGAUUUAAAUAACAAGUUCCUCCCCAAAUUAUUCACCAAUAAUAUGAUUCCUGAAUCAGUACAAUUCUUACCAUACUCGGCAUCACAAAUUAAAUCUAUCAUACUGGCCAAAUUGAGAAAGUUUUCUAAUAAUAUUUUCCAUCCUGUUGCAUUACAAUUUUGCUGUCAAAAAGCAGCUUCCAUAUCGGGAGAUUUGCGUAAAGCAUUUGAUAUUUGUUAUAAAAGUAUUGAGCUAGUGGAGAUGGAACAAAGAAAUAAAUUCAUAGACAAUACAAAUGUGAAACCGGUCAUGAUCUCGCAUGUUGCCAAAGUAUGUGCUGAAUCAUUCACUAGUAAUACAACAUUGGCCACACUUAGCGUGUUGCAUAAAUCAAUAUUGUGUCAAUUAUUCCACUUCCAAUUGUUAAAGCCUAGUAUUACAAUUAAUAUGUUUUACGACUAUUACCAAAAACAACAAUAUCAUCAUCAAAUGCUGCUGAAUCUUUUGGGUAGUGUUAAAUCUAGUGAGUUUUUGGAAAUAUUGACAAUGUUGGAGAGUAAUAAUUGCAUUGUUAUGGAAUCACUGGGCUCUAGGAAUAAUAACAAUGAUAAUAGUAAUAAGUUGAUUAAAUUGAAUGUUGAUUAUGAUGAAUUGGUGAAAUCUGUUGAAGAUAUUGGAUUCUUAAAGAAAUUCUUGAAACAUUCAAGAGGUACCUUGUAA